UUCUCCUCAGGAAAGAGCUUUGACGAAAAUAAUACUCGCCGAGCUCUUCUCCAGUACAACCAACACCUCCACCGCCGUCUCCACCUCCGCCGCCGCCAUGGGGUCGUUCCCGCAGCCGGAGGAGAUCAUUUUCCGGUCGAAGCUGCCGGACAUCGAGAUCCGGAACGACCAGCCCCUCCACACAUACUGUUUUGAGUACCUGGCAGACUUCGCCGACAGGCCCUGCAUCAUCGACGGCGCCACCGGCGAGGUCCAUACCUACGCAGACGUCCACCUAGCCGCCCUCCGCGUCGCCGCCGGCCUCCAUCGCUUCGGCGUCGGCCAAGGCCAGGUCAUCAUGAUCCUCCUCCGCAACUCCCCGGAAUUCGUCCUCGCCUUCCUCGGCGCCUCCUUCCGCGGCGCCGUCUCCACCACCGCCAAUCCCUUCUACACCCCAGCCGAGAUCCACAAGCAGGCCGCCGCCUCUGGCGCCCGCCUCAUCGUCACCGAGUCCGCCCACGUCGACAAAGUCCGCACCUUCGCUGAAGAACGCGGAAUUACCAUCGUCUGCGUCGACGUGCCCCCCGAAGGCUGCCACCAUUUCUCCGAGCUCCUCCAAUCGAACGAAAGCGAUCUCCCCAACGUCGAGAUAAACCCCGACGACGUGGUGGCGCUGCCGUACUCGUCAGGAACCACCGGACUACCAAAAGGUGUCAUGCUGACGCACCGGGGGCUGAUCACCAGCGUGGCCCAGCAAGUGGACGGUGAUAACCCCAACCUCUACUACCAUAAAGAGGACGUGGUACUGUGCGUCCUGCCACUGUUCCACAUAUACUCGCUGAACUCGGUGUUGCUGUGUGCGCUGAGGGCGGGCGCGGCGAUACUGAUCAUGAGGAAGUUCGAGGUGGUGGCGAUGCUGGAGCUGGCGCAGCGGUUCCGGGUGACGAUAUUGCCCUUCGUGCCGCCGAUCGUGGUGGAGAUCGCCAAAAACCCGGUCGUCGACAGCUACGACGUCUCGUCGAUACGGACGGUGAUGUCCGGGGCGGCGCCCAUGGGGAAGGAUCUGGAGGACAGGCUGAGGGCCAAGAUCCCCAACGCCAAGCUUGGCCAGGGCUAUGGGAUGACUGAGGCCGGGCCGGUGCUUUCGAUGAACCUGGCAUUCGCCAAGGAGCCAUCCGAGACGAAGUCCGGGGCGUGUGGGACCGUCGUGAGGAACGCGGAGCUGAAGAUCGUCGAUCCUGAGACCGGCGCGUCCUUGGGACGGAACCAGCCCGGAGAGAUCUGCAUCAGGGGAGCUCAAAUCAUGAAAGGUUAUCUCAAUGAUCCUGAGGCUACAAAGAAUACCAUAGACAAGGAAGGUUGGCUGCACACCGGAGACAUCGGUUAUGUGGAUGAUGAUGAUGAGAUCUUCAUCGUAGAUAGGCUUAAGGAGAUCAUCAAAUACAAAGGAUUCCAAGUUGCUCCUGCAGAGCUUGAAGCCCUGCUCAUUGCCCAUCCCAACAUUGCAGACGCCGCUGUUGUCCCCAUGAAAAAUGAACUGGCUGGGGAAGUCCCUGUAGCUUUUGUUGUGCCAAAGGAUGGCUUUAAAAUCACAGAGGAUGAGAUCAAGCAAUACAUCUCAAAACAGGUGGUUUUCUACAAGAGGAUAAACAGGGUUUUCUUUAUUGAGGCCAUCCCGAAGGCGCCGUCUGGCAAAAUUCUAAGAAAGGAUUUGAGAGCGAAGCUAGCGGCUGGAUUCUCCGAUACUCAGCAGUCGUGAAUGCCAUUAAAACUGCUUGUAUUGCGAUACACCGUAGCUGAUCAGUGCCAUACGCUUUCCUCGACUCUGAUGUAACAGGAGGAGGAGAGAUCGUGUAAUAUUCUUCCUUAAAAUGCCCCCACCUGAAAGGACUAUGAAUUUUUCUGAGAUGUGGCUUGUGGGCAGCCGGAUAGGGGCAAUUUUGUCUUCCAGUCCGGUUGCAGUCUAUAUAUACCUAUAUAAUUAAUUUUGUUGGUUGUGUUAUGUCCA